GCUUUGGCGAAUGAGUCUCCUGAAAUUCAGCAGGCUGACUCAUCUUCGGCCGGCUGAACAGACGAAGUAAGGACUGGCUUCGGAAGCUGCGAUGAGGGAACAGACGCGGUCGUGACGGUGCUGUGAGUCAGUCUCGGGGCUGAAUGCGGGGGGUCUCGGGAGUGGCAAAGACGGAUCGUUACAGCAAAUGCCCGAAGUAUGCGAGAGUGUGCAUUUGGAGGGGGAGGGAAGGGGCUCGCGCUCAAGUUGGGGCCGUUCAGGCACGCAGUGGCCCCAAGUUCUGCGGGCAGCUCGCCGAGCUUCUGGAAAAUGAGGACGAAAGCAUUGCUCGUUCAACUUGUUGUUAUCGCAUGCUGCUUCACGGCGGCGCUCACAGAGCCCUGGAAACACCAUUUUAAGAGGCACCCAUACGAAGAGACGUUCAGCACCAAGCACCCCCCGAAUCAUUUGGAGGAUGUCAGGGACGCCGACGGUACGUAGGGAGUAAUGGCACAUGGUCUUGCAUUUCUUGUGUCCUUGCUAUGUGUUGUUAUCCAUAGUUGAACUGCUCGAGGCACUGUUCGCACAGGGCGAGGCGUACAAGGGCAUGCGUAAGUCGUGCAGAGAGGAGAAGAUGUCACACAGCGGAGCGACAAUACUUUUCUCCGCUUCCAUGUGCUCCCGUUCCUCCGCAGUCAUCCCAUCGUGGACCAAGAAAGGCGAGCCCGUCCGUGCUUCUGGUCUGCCGUGUCACGUCGUCUGUGGCCAAAAGGGCCACUUCCCAUGCCCCUUCCUGGCGGAAGUUCAGCACACUGUGUGGGGAGGCAAGGUCAGUAAUCAACUUACACACCGCCGCGAAUACCAAGAUGAGCCACCCGCCCCCCAUACAAUUGGUUUAUUUUGCGUACGUGCAUCUGGAUGUCUGCAAGGUCUUCCACGUGGACCAUCACACAGGGAUGACCACGCUGGAGAACGUCCGCACCUUGGGCGGCAAGACCAUCACAGCAGAGGUGUACGAGAACGAAGGCUCCAAGAAAGAUGGCAGGCCUUCCGUGAUCUUCGACUACUCCAAGAGCCUUGUCGCCACCGUCAGCCAAAUCAUCGAUGAGAUCAGACUGGUCAACAAGGACACCCUCCUCUAUCUCGGUUCAAAAGAGGAUGUGUCCAUAGAAGAGAAGCAAGAUGUCUAUCGGUGGUGUCUCCGUCUGCUUGCAGGCAAGAGCUAUAUGAUACAAGGAAUGGGGAAGGAGCCCGUCUUGCUCGCGUAUUUCGCCCUGGAAUUCGACGCAUUGGUCGACAAAAAAUGCGACCACAUUGUGGUACUGACAGAACUGACAGAUUGGUGGUGGCACUCCAUGCAGCUCAAUAUCCUCUGCGUGUCAGGUUGGUGGCGGCGCUGCGGGUACCGGCUUGGCGUUCACUCUCGCAGAGAGCGGCUACGAUGUCUGCAUUUACGAGCGAGGCGACUACCGCACCAAAACCUACCCGGGCCAGACGAUCGACGGAUUCAGCGUCAGUGAGGGAAUGCCACCAGGAGUCGAGACACCGCCGUGAUGAGUGUCCUGUACGCUUCUGUCUGUUUGCAGGAUACUCUGGUCUAUCCCAAGAUCGGCCAGAUAUACAUCACGACCGAGGGUGUCCGCUCACAUGUGGCCAACAUUCUCUCGGGCGGAACCGCUCUCAGGUAGGCAAGAAAGACUGUGCAUGUCCCCAUGUGGGGUGCGACACGACACGAAUGGGGCUCAUUCCUCCAUCAUCAACCGGCUCCUCUCUCAGUGCGGGCAUUCACAUUGAAGAGGAGCCCGACUACUACCGCUACGUGGAGAGAGAGUUCAGCACCAAAAAGGGUAAAGUCGAAUUCUAUCAAGACCUCGUUGACGAGGUGAGAUGAGCAUAUACAUAUCCGUGAGAUGCCUGCAUGCACCGAAGUGGGUUGAUGUCUGUCUCUCUGUGUCUGUCUGUCUGUCUGUCUCUCUGUCUGCCGGCUUGCCUGCGUCCGUCCACUUAUGCCAGGCUUUCGAGUGGAUCGAGAAAUCGCUGCCCGCCGACCUCGUGAGCUAUGAUCCCGCCUACACUCCUCACUACCUGGAGGCCCUUAUCGCUGCCGGCUUGGGGCCAGACCGCGGCUCCAACAGAAAGGUGCCUCUCGGCGCCGUGCGCGCGGGCAGGUAUAUAUUGGACACAAGUCCAUCGGCGGAAUUAAAUUGUUGUCUUCCGUCCCUUGCUCGCUCUUCUUCCUCUCCGUCAGUUUGUUUGAAAACGAUGGAAAGGAAAUGUCGCCCCACCGAGAGCGCCGCGGAAGUGACGUGCUGCUGUGGGCGGGGGAUCCCUCCAAGAACGGGGGAUCUCUGACGGUCAGAGUGCGGCAGACCGUCCUGGAACUCGAAUUCGACCAUGAUAGCAUGAAAGGCGCCAAGGACAAGAAGGGAGGCAGGCCGAAGGCAGUGUGCAUCAUCUACGCCGACUCGCCGGACAAACUUCCUCUUGAGGACUCUUUGGCCAACCAGAUGGGCAUCAAAAAAGUGCUCACCGACGAGGAGAAGCCCAUGAAUCGGAAGAGGCAGUGUGUGAGCCCGGGAGGCGAGAUAUGGAUGGCCGCGGGGGCCGUGCUCUCGCCUGUGCUGAUGAUGCGCAGUGGUGUCGGGCCUAAGGAUGUGGUGGACAAGCUCAUGGCCAACCAAGGCAAGGAGCCCGUCAUGUACAUGGAGGAGCUGGGCAAGAAACUCUUCGACCGCAACUUUGUCCCCCUCUCAAUGUUCCUCAAGACCCCAUCCCCGGCCACCAUCAUCUCCUACGCCGCCAUGCAGCUCGUCGGCGAUCACUGCCCGGACGACAAGCACGGCAAACAUGACACACUGCUCGAGUAGGCAAUCUUGAUUAUCAAUCGGAGCAGCACAAGAAUGCACGAUGACCUGCCUGGUGGGUGGGUGUGCAUGUCUCACUGAUCCCGCUGUCUGUGGUGGGAUGCGUGCAGCAUUGGUGAGACAAGCAAACACUGCACGUACAUCAACCAGGAGGAGGUGCACGGCGGCAACACGAUCCGCGGCCUGAUCAUGGCAACCCGAGCGCCUUUCCCGCCCCACCUGAGAAGCCUACCGUAAGCCAAAACUGGCACAUGCACACACGCGCUGCAUGCGCAUAUCUUGCCCCAGUGAGGUUGACUUUCUCGAGUACCUCCUCCUCGAGUGCGUUGACAAGGAAAACAGCGUCAUCUGCGCCCCGGUGAAGCCACUGCUGCGCUGCCUGGGGUGAGUCUGCCGGCCAGCCAGCCAGCACCCACUACAAACACGUCGACAGACACCCAAGCAAUGACGACGGACAGAAAAAAGCAGACGAGCGCUCCCUCUUUCUGCUUGUGUGUCUUGUUGUUUCAUCAAGGAAAGCCGCGGGCACUUUCGGGUUCUCUGCGGUGGUCAAGUCGCGCGGCUACGUCACCGUCAAUGAGCACGGUUAGUGAGACAGACAGAGAACGCAUGAGCGAAGACAUACAUGUACGUACGGUCACCCGCCAAAGGAAUACACAUAACUGUGUCUGUGUCUGUCUGUCUGUGUGUCGUUGCAGGCGAUCCGGUCGUAUCGGGUGGCUAUUACAACGACCCAGAGGGCCACGACCUCUUUGCCGCAGUGGAGGCACUCAAGAGAUCCAUCCGCAUGGCCGGCAGGUGACCAUACAUACCACACAGAUGGAUGGCGGGGGAUGAGUGCACACACAUACGAAUGUGAUGAAAUCGAUGAGCUUAUCUGUCUUGUCUUGUCUUGUGGGUGCAGCGGUGCGUUUGACGACAUCGUCGAGAAGAAGACGAGCGUCGGCUGCCCCGCCGUGUACCUCAGCACGCUCCUCAACCUGAUCGCCCUGGCAGGCAGACGCCUGCCCGGCGGGGGUUUCUUCACAGUAAGUAAACAGAUGGACACCUCGCCUCGCCUCGACGCAGCCACGACGUACUUCCCUCGUUCGUUGAUCAGGAUUGGGAGACGAUUCGUCGCAACAUCAUUUGGACUCCGGGCGAGGAGGAACCUCUCACGGCCUUCCUGGGCGAACGCGGUCGCAAGCUGAUGGCCGAGGACCCUUUCGUGUCGUUUCUGCACGGAAUCCGCGACAGGGUGCUGCAAUUCCGGGAGGCUUUGGGCCUCGACAAGGACUCCCCCGGCUGGCUGGGCGACGAGUCACCCGCCGCCAAGUGGCUGUUGGAGGAGAUUGAGAAGGCCAAUGAUCCCCCCAAGAGACGCGAGAUGGCCUGCGACUUGGACAAGUGGGGCAAGCCUUCGGGGCCGGAAUGCGGCGACAUGACGUUGGAGGAGAUGCAGAUCGAGCACGCCAAGGACAUCAACCUCUUCCCGCCACUCCCCAAAGUCAUCAACGACCACACCCUGGCCGAAUACGUCAAGACGCACGGAAGCUCCAUUUGGCACUGGACCGGGUGAGUGGAGUGAGUCGAGAGGGCCGAGCGGGGGGGUGGACAAGAAUGACACUUACACGCCCUCCGUUGGUGGAUGUCAUGUGCAGAUCGGCACCGAUGGGCACCAUAGUUGACAGCCAUUUCCGCGUGUUCGACAUGGAUGGGCUCAACAUCUGCGACGCCUCCAUAUUCCCCGACGUACGUCGCGUCGGUCAAUGCACGCGACACAUUGGAUCUUUCCCCAAUGAAUAUCAAUGUGUCUCCUCCCUCCCUGCGUGUGUUUCGACAGAUCACCCGCAUGAACGUGCAGGCGCAGGUCAGUGAGCCAGCGAGCACUGCAGCAUGAGACAUAAACGGAUGCUGACGCGACACGUCCUGGUUCUCUGCUUGCAGUAUUUCAUGGUGGGGCGAUACUGCGGCUUGGUGCGGCGCAAGAAGGAGGGGUGGGGCGGGCCACACCAUGGCCACGAUGGCCACCACUGAUUCUGAAUCCGCCGGCUGCUGCCCCUCUCCCCAUACUCACUCACUCUAGCCCGUCUUCACAUUAAGUCGUGCGCCUGUUUGCUAUAAGGGCGUGUAUCUUGUCCUCCUCCUUUGAUUGUCUGCUGCUUAGUGCUGUCUGAGCCAGGUCAAUAAUCAUAAGGCCAUAAAUAACGUAUGUAGAACGAAUGGGUUUUAGGGGCAGUCACUAAGCUGGCUUGAACGAGGCUUGAAUGGGGAGGGGCGCGCAACCGAGCAUCUGCUGAGUGGGCCGGUUGCUAUAUUCUGCCUGCAAGUGAAGUGGAUUUGCAGACCUUUGCAGACCUUUGCAGACCUUCGCUGGGAUAUUGCGGACUCGUGUGCUGUUCAAAAAACGCUGAGUCUGGCUGAGGUGCGUGGUCUGCACAUUGAUUCCUUCACAUGAAGGCCUCGGC